AUGGAUAUUCAAUCACGUCAUGAUCCAAGUUUCCAAGUAAGUGUACGUGCGCAUGUUCUCGGUGCAAUUACGAGUCUCCUUCCGUCAGAGAAGGUAUUAAAUUUUGAUUGGCCAGAAUUAGACAAUAUAACUUUGGCUGAUCCACAGUUUCACAUCCCUAGCAAAAUUGAUAUUUUGCUUGGAGCUGAUAUUUAUGGUGAUUUAAUAAGAGAAGGAUUGAUAAAAGGCCCCAGAGGUAUGCCAACUGCUCAGAACACAGCUUUAGGAUGGAUACUAUCGGGUCCGACCCAUCAAGGUAAGAGCAUUCAAUCUCAAUCAGCACAUUGUCAUCAUAAUCUUAUUGUAAGUUCUCACUUUCACAAUGAUGACAAUGAAUUGCUCAAAAAAUUUUGGGAAAUUGAAAAUUAUUUUUUUGAUACAAAAAUCCUCACUAAAGAAGAACAACUAUGUGAGGAUUUAUAUGAACAGACGACCAGACGAGAUGCAUCCGGUCGGUAUAUUGUUCGCUUGCCGUUUCGUGAGGACGAUCCAAAGUGUAAGUAUGGCAAUUCAAGAGAAAUUGCCAUAAAGAGAUUUCAACUUCUAGAAAAGCGCUUGAAGAAAGAUGCCGAACUCAAGAACAAGUACUCAGAGGUAAUUCAUGAAUACUUGGACCUGGGUCAUAUGGUGCGUAUAUCGGACGAUGACAAAAGGAAACACCUUUCUGCGAGCCGGAUUCAGAUGCCAGAUUCCGGACUGUAUCUUCCACAUCAUGCCGUUAUACGUGAAGACAAAAGCACAACUAAGGUCAGAGUUGUGUUUGACGCUUCAUGCAAGGGUAACAACGGCAUUUCCCUCAAUGACACUUUGAUGGUUGGUCCUAAGCUUCAACAAGAUUUACGGCACAUUAUACUGAAGUGGCGUAUGCAUCCUAUAUGCUUGAGUGCGGAUAUAGUUAAAAUGUAUCGCCAGAUAAUAGUCGCAGAAGAAGACGUAGACUUUCAGAGGCUUGUGUGGAGAGACAGUCCGGAAUCUGAAAUGGAAGAAUAUCGCUUGGAAAAAGUUACUUUCGGCACAGCAUCGGCGCCAUACCUGGCUGUGAAGACGUUACAGCGCCUUGCGAUCGAUGAAGGCAGCGCAUAUCCUCUUGUGGCUGAAAAGGUUAAAAAGGAUUAUUAUGUAGAUGAUCUCUUGACAGGAUGUCAAACUGUUGAAGAAGGAAAGCAAAUCUACAAGGAAAUGAAAGAACUAUUAAGCAAAGGUGGGUUUCAGCUACAGAAAUGGAUCACGAAUAAUACGGAAUUAGCAAAAAUAGUUAUGGAAGAACGUGGAAAUGAAGAAGGAAAGAUUAAUAUAAAGAUAGAUGAGAUAGUGAAAGUGCUAGGACUUACCUGGGAUAAACAAACCGAUUCGUUUCAUUACUCGGUGCAACUUACCAUGCAAGAAAAUCCCAUCACAAAGAGAAAAGUCAUAUCAGACAUUUCACGUCUUUUCGACCCUUUAGGAUGGGUGGCUCCUUGUGUCAUUACAGCCAAGGUGAUGAUACAGAAGUUGUGGUUGUCUGGGGUUGAUUGGGAUGAAGAGUUGCCAGAUGAUCUUCUUGAAGAGUGGCUUACUUAUCGGUCAGAAUUAGCUAACAUCCGAAAGGUAUACAUUCCUCGAUGGGUCGAAACAAAAGUUGAUGAUACUUGCACAGAAUUACAUGGUUUUAGCGAUGCGUCCAAUGUUGCAUACGCUGCAGUGAUUUACGUACGGACUAUUGACACAGCUGGUAACAUUCAUGUGUAUCUAGUUGCUGCUAAAACCAAGGUAGCUCCAACUAUGCAGGUGUCUAUUCCUCGCCUCGAGCUAAUGGGAGCCGUUUUAUUGGCCAGGUUAGUUACUGACGUGGCAAACAUGUUGCAUAUUAGUCGGGAUAAAAUUCACGGUUGGACUGAUUCCACGGUGGUGUUAGCAUGGCUUAGUAGUCACCCCAGCCGCUGGACAACUUUUAUUGGCAAUAGAACGUCUGACAUUUUAUCAAGGCUUGAUAACACCCAGUGGUCUCAUGUGUCAUCGGGCGAAAAUCCUGCAGACAUUGCAUCUAGAGGAUGUACACCUCUAGAACUUGUACAAAAUAGUAUGUGGCUGCACGGUCCACCUUGGCUCAGCGAGGCAGAAAUUAAAUAUAAACUAUCCAAACGACCCUCCACUAAUCUUGAACGCAAAAAACUUAAGGUUCAUCUGUCUACGAAAUCAACGACUGAUGAUUUCAUCUGGAAUCGAUUUUCUUCACUUUCACGUCUUGUUCGCGUUGUAGCUUAUUGCAGAAGAUUUCUUAAACUUAAAAAACCUAAAUCAGAUCGCAACAUUGCUCCUUUUCUAGAAAGCUCUGAGUUAAACGAAGCCCUAAACGUCUGUAUCAGAAUGUGUCAAGUGCAGGAAUUAAAGGAUAGUCGACUAAAAUCACUAAAUCCAUAUCACGAUGACAGAGGACUCUUAAGAGUCGGCGGAAGAAUCUCAAAUGCCGACAUUCCUGAAUUAGCUAAACAUCCUAUUAUUCUUCCACAUAAAAGUCAUUUUACAGAUCUUGUCAUUGACGACGCCCACAAAAAGACAAUGCAUGGCGGUCCAUCUCUUGUCAUAAAUUAUUUGCGCUCACGUUACUGGAUUAUUUCGGUUAAGAGUCGUGUAAAAUUGCAUGUGCGUAAAUGUGUCAUCUGCGCGAGACGUGCAGCAAUUACAGCAACGCAACUUAUGGGUCAGUUACCAGCGUGUCGAAUUACUCCAGGAAGACCAUUCCUCCGCAGUGGAGUAGAUUUUGCUGGACCCAUUAAUAUACGCGUAUCAAAGGGACGAGGCAAUAAGUCGUAUAAGGGCUAUAUAUGUGUUUUUGUGUGCAUGGUCACAAAGGCUAUGCACCUGGAAGCCAUCAGCGACUUAACAUCCGAAGGUUUCAUUGCCGGUUUUAAAAGGUUUGUAGCCCGUAGAGGUCACGUGAGAGAAAUAUGGAGCGACAAUGGGACUAAUUUCGUUGGAGCAUCCAAGGAGCUACAAAAAUUAGUCACUAUAGAACAAUCAGCAGUUGCUCUCGAGAUUCGAGAAUGGUUAAAUGAUAAUGGUGUCUCAUGGCAUUUCAUUCCUCCUCACGCUCCACAUUUUGGAGGACUGUGGGAAGCAGGAGUGAAAUCCACAAAAUAUCAUCUCAAACGAGUAAUCGGGGAUUCCACUCUAACUUUUGAGGAAAUGAUCACAGUGCUGGCACAGGUUGAAGCGUGUCUUAAUUCUAGACCAUUAUCGAUCUUAACAGACGAUCAUAAUGACCCUUCACCCCUUACACCAGGUCACUUCCUCGUAGGUGAGCCGUUGAUAAUAAUACCCGAACGUAACUAUGAGCAAUGCAAUAUGAGUACUUUAAGACGUUGGCAAAUGACACAAAAGAUGUUACAAGAUUUCUGGCGUAGGUGGUCCAAUGAAUAUUUAGUGCAUUGUUUGCAAAGGUACAAAUGGACUAAAAUUACUCCGGAGCCAAACAUCGGUGAUAUCGUUCUUGUAAAGGAAGAUAAUCUUCCUCCGGCUCGAUGGUUAUUAGGUAGGAUAGUAACAAAACAUCCAGGUUUGGACGGAAUUACUCGAGUGGUGACAUUAAAAUGUAACGGUUCUGAAAUUAAAAGACCCAUAACAAAACUUUGUAUAUUACCUGUAACUGUAUGA